AUGACAUGAACACAGUCACGUGGUAUCAGAGAUCCAUCCCUCGUAUCUGAAACCGCUGGUGUUAUCCACAGCCUGUAUUCAAGAUGGCGUCAUGUGAGAUCGUCCUCCUGCUCGUCGCACUUGUUUCUUCAGGGUCCGUGUGGGGAACUGAAACACCAAAGAAAUAUGUCUUCGAGGAAAACUGUGAUGCAAACAUCUUUUUUACCGACAGCAUGUUGGUUGUGUCCAACCUGUCGACACUGCAGAAAUGCCACUUCAUCGUUCAGAGCACCAUCGUCAACAACAUGCUCCUCAUUGACAUCACCGAAUUAAACCUUGUCGACAACUGCAGCACCACCAACCUGGACAUCUUAGAUGCAUUUGGAGACAGUAUAACAGGUCCUAUAUGCGAGGAGGGAAGCGCCAUGGUCUUCAAAGCGCCGACCAGCGUUGCUCAGUUUGAUUACACAUCUGACUCUCCGGAUACUGAGGGAAAAUCGCUGUCGAUAAUUAUCACUGCGUUCAACACUGGUUCCGAUGGAUCGUGUAUCGACACGGAGUUCCAGUGUGAUAACAAACUGUGCAUCCCAAAGGACUUGGUUUGCAACAACUACAACGAGUGUUCUGAUGAUUCCGAUGAAACAGCUGUUUGUAGCAGAACUGCAGCCUCGACAACACCGUCCACGACAUCUAGGUCUUCCUCGACGUCUGCCUCUACUUCGAAAUCGGCGUCUUCUUCGAAAUCGGCUUCUACUUCGAAAUCUACUUCGAAAUCGGCUUCUACUUCGAAAUCUACUUCGAAAUCUGCUUCUACUUCGAAAUCUGCUUCUUCCUCGAAAUCUGCUUCUUCCUCGACAUCGCCUUCAUCUAACCAGUCCCCACCGAUGCCGACACCAACGUCAGCAUCUCCACCAGUGACGUCCCCACAGUUGUGGAUUGUGGGCCUAAUUGCUGCAUUGCUUGUUCUUGUCAAGAUGAAUUAAUACUGAAUUUCUGGUUUGGCAAAACCGUUGAUAAGAUCAUAUCUCGCUUAUGCUUAUCAAAUGAGAGUUGUGAUGUCUUGUCGAAUCACUAACCAAAA